AUGCUCAAUUUUCAGGUGUCCCAGCUUUAUCCAAUUUUGCUUGCUUUAGCAGCCUUGUACCCUGUAAUAUGGUUCCUUUCUCAAAGGUUGUUCCCAAAGGACAAGAUUGUAUAUCCACCUUCGCCGCCAAAAAUUCCAAUCCUAGGGAACAUCCAUCAAGUCGGGGUGAUAUUGCCUCACCGGUCUCUUUGGAAUUUAUGCAAGCAAUACGGGCCUUUCAUGUUCCUCCAAUUUGGUAUAAGAAAAGUAUACGUGAUUCAAUCCGGGGACAUCAUCAAGGAGCUUGUGAAAGACCAUGACAUACCUGUUUCAAACCGGCCGGGAUUGCUGCCUAAUGAAAAGCUAUGGUAUGGCCUCAAGGGCCUCAUCACAUUGCCCUACGGCGAUCAGUGGAAAAAGUUGAGAAACAUAUUUAUGAACCAACUGCUGCAUAAGAAAAGGGCGCAGUCAUUUAAUUCCAUCAGGGACGAGGAAGUCGCAAAAAUGGUAGAAACUAUCAGCAAGCUGAGUUCAAUAGGGGAACCGGUUAAUCUGUCGAGGAUGUUUUCGCUGUCGGCAGCUGGCACCGUUGCUAAAGCCACCUUUGGGGAGGUGUAUGCACAUGGAGCACAAAGUAAUCGGAUAGUACCAAUUCUUGAAGAGAUGGAGAAACUAUCUUUCAAGUUCACUAUCCGGGAUUUCGUUCCAUGGCUCGCCUGGAUUAAUCGGCUGACGGGAGUAUGA